AGCAUACAAAAAGGCAAUCUUUUUUGUUUCCACCCUUCKCAAAUUUGUAAGUUUGUCAAAAAAGACCCAAAAAAAGAAAGGAAAAAGCAAUGGCUUUUGGUUCCUUCUCCAUCUUCUUCUCUUUGGCUCUAGUCUUUGUAAUUAUUACUUGCCCAACUUCCCACUCAAUACCCUUCAUUCUUCUCCAUGGUCUUAAUGAUCAGUGCUCAAAUGAAGGAGUCAGAGAUUUUACUGAAUACUUGACUGCCACUUCUGGAGCUGAAGGCCAUUGCCUAGAAAUUGGCAAUGGGGAGAUGGAUUCUUGGUUCAUGCCCCUUGAGGAUCAGAUACAAAUCAUCUGUGAUAAGGUGAAGACAAUGGAACAGUUGAGAAAGGGUUACAAUAUAGUUGCUAUGUCACAGGGCAAUUUAGUGGGCAGAGGAGUGGUGGAAUUUUGUGAGGGAGGGCCUCCAGUCAAGAAUUUCAUUUCUAUAGCAGGCCCUCAUGCUGGUGUUGCUUCUAUUCCACAGUGUGGGUCUGCAUUUUUCUGCCUAGUAGUAGAUGAAAUGAUAAAGUCUGUGGUUUAUACAGAUGCUGUCCAAAAUCUUCUUGCUCCUGCUACCUAUCUUAAAUUGCCAAAUAACAUUCCUGGAUAUUUGAAGAAUUCUAAAUUCCUUCCAAAGCUCAAUAAUGAACUUUCAAAAGAAAGAAACUCCACUUAUAAAGAGCGUUUUWGUAGCUUGCAAAACUUGGUGUUGAUUAUGUUUGAGAAUGAUACAAUCUUGAUUCCCAAGGAAACAUCAUGGUUUGGAUUCUACCCAGAUGGGAAUUUUGAUGUGGUUCUACCUCCCCAACAGACAAAACUUUACAUGGAGGAUUGGAUUGGAUUGAGAAGUUUAGCGGAAUCUGGAAGAGUAAAAUUCAUAAAAGUUGAAGGAGAACAUCUUAGAAUGUCAACAAGUGAUAUCAGAAGGUAUGUGGUGCCUUACUUGCAACACCAGCCAUUGAAGGUUCUUUGGUGGAGACCUCAAAAAACUCAACAGAGAACCUCGAACCUCCUCCAAUCAAAUUAAACCAAAAUUUCUGUAUUUGAAGAAAAUAUAGAGCAGCUGGUAUGGUAUGUGAAGUUUCUCUAAUGCUCAUUGCGAACAAGAUGGAUUAUGAUUUUGCAAAUAUUACAGC